AUGGAGCAGCAGCCACCUCUCAGGAAUGCCUACACAGAGUCAGACUGCAACCCUAGACACCUGGAAAGCCCUGUUGCCUGGUGGCCAGCUCAUCAAAACAUGGGACAGCUGGGGCUCUUUGUCUCCCCAGACUCCAUGGCCUCAGGCUUCCCAGGCACCACACUCACGCAGGUGAUGAGCUACCUCACAGGACCAGGGAGGCACCAAAGAGAAAAAAAACAAAACCAGGCCCUCCAGAGCACAGUUAUUUCAAGAUCCUGGGAAUCCUUGUCUUUAGAUGUCUCGGAAGCACUAGAAUUUCCAGAUGCAGGUCUCUUGAUGGAUCCCCCAAGUCCCAUGGACUGUGGGGCAAUGGACCAUGUAUUUCAGGAGGCAAUUCCAGAGUCUGGGAAAAUUCAAGAAGUGAGAUUUCCCAACAGAUGCUUCCAGUCUUUGCCUAUAGGCUCCAGCCAAGCCUUAAGGAAUGUGACAAACACCAUGGGCCUAGAUAUGGGCCAGAAGGGCAAGGAUGACAUCAAAUUGAAUAUCUGGAGCCGAGAAGAUGAGGAGAAUGUGAGAUUUGUCUUCAAAAUGUCCUCCAGACCUGUGGGGCACAACUAUUCAACUGAUGCUGAAAGGGCCAACCAGAGGGAGGCUUUUGCACAGAGGUCAUAUUUAGCACCUGAUCUGAUGUGUUUUGCUCCAGGAGAGAAGGAAGAGAAGCUGAGUCCCCUGUCUCUACAUCACUUCUCCAGGAUUCCUGCCUCAAGCAGUGGAGGAAACAUUGGGCCAAACAUCCUAGAAGAGCAGAAUGAGAUCAAGGUUCCCCCAGGGAUGGAAAGCCCCCUAAGUGCUCCCUUGAUCAUGACAAAAGAGAAGGAAAGUGAACAGUCUUUGAUCAAGCAGAGAAAACACCACCAACUCUUGUGCUCUCCUUCCAUGCCUAGCACCUCAAUAGGGCCAAUCUCAAAGGGGCUAGAGUGGCCCAGAGGCAAGGACACACCAGUCAAAAAGAAGCCCAGAAAGAGCAUGACCAUCUCAGCCACCACUGGGGAGAAAGAAGAGGAGCCAAAAGGUGGACUCUUUUGUCCCAAGUCUUCAUGUCUUGACAAAAUUGAGAAAAUCUUGAACAAUGACCCUAGAGAGCUGAUUGGGGAUUACUCUAAGGCAUUUCUUCUGCAGAUGAUCACUGGGUACCACCAGGACCUUAAGUACAUAUCACCAGAGGUGAUGGUGGCUGUAUUAACAGGGAAGUUAAGCAAUAUCAUUGAGAAAUAUGUCAUCCUGGACUGCAGAUAUCCUUAUGAAUUUGAGGGUGGGCACAUCAAGGGUGCAGUAAACCUUCCCUUGAAACAAGAUGCAGAAGAUUUCCUGCUGGUGAAUCCCAUUCUCUCCAACUGUGUAGAGAAGAGGAUCAUCCUUAUUUUCUAUUGUGAAUUCUCCUCUGAGAGAGGACCUCGGAUGUGUCGUUUCAUCAGAGAUAGAGACAGAAACACCAAUAACUACCCAAAUCUGUACUAUCCUGAAAUGUAUAUUCUCAAAGGAGGCUACAAGGAUUUCUUCCCACAGUACCCAACAUUGUGUGAGCCCCAGAGUUACAGGCCCAUGAAUCAUGAAGACUUUAAGGAAGAACGCAUCAGUUUCCGUUUGAAGAAUCGCACUGAAGAAAGAAGCAAGCAAGACAUGUCCAACCGCCUGAAGGAUUUCUGA